GAAUCCACUGCGCUUCAUACGUGUUUGGUUGGACUAACUGGUGGCUCUUGUGCUCUCGCUGUGUUGCUAAUGUGAAUCUUUGAAUAAUAAUAACGGUUAUUUGACAGUUGGUGACCGUUAGUCGUUUGUUUUUGUAAUGCCGCCGUUUGACGGACGGAUACGCGCUUUGAAAGUAACCAUAGCAACCUAGGAUAAGUAUGUUAUCGAGAGGAAAAUGUCCAAAUAGCUUGGUGACAAUGUAACAAAUAUUAUGUCUGGUGAUUUGUUGAGUCGGAAAGGUGUGACAUUAACUGUCAAUAUCGCCUGUGUAACACACAAAUAUUGACAACUGACACCUGGUGCUCCUUAAUGUCUAUGCUGUCCCAGCUACACAUCUUCAAAAUCACUCAUUAACUAGCUGUUUUUAUUAGCUGUAUGAUUAGAUAGUGUCUUGGAAGGGACUUGAUCAUUUUAAUACAGUUUUUUUAUAUCCUAAUGGCAAAAGAAGAACAUACAACACAAUGGAACAAAACAGGAGAUACCUCAACACUACGAAACAGGAAAAUCUUUCCCCCAUCCACUCAUUUGUCAAAAGACAACAGUCAAACAUCUGGACACUUGUCAGAAGAUGACACCCAGUCUUCAAAUGGGACAUCUGCUCAGCUUGCAGCCAGAGGAAGUGUCAGGAAUGAGGCCACAAGCAGAGUGCUGCUGAUGCUGGUGGUGGGGCUGUCUUUCUCCACACGCCUCUACAAGAUAGCCGAGCCUCCUCAUGUGUGCUGGGACGAAACGCACUUUGGAAAGAUGGGAAGCUACUACAUCAACAGGACCUUCUUCUUUGACGUCCAUCCUCCUCUCGGAAAAAUGCUGAUAGGUCUCGCCGGCUACAUGACCGGUUAUGAUGGCACCUUUCCUUUCAUUAAGCCAGGAGAUAAAUAUGAACACCACAACUACUGGGGGAUGAGAGGGUUUUGUGCCGUCUUGGGUUCCUUCCUCCCAAUCUUUGCCUACCUCAUAGUGCUGGAGUUGUCUCAGUCUCACACUGCUGCUCUCAUCACUGCCACCCUGCUCAUAUUUGACACUGGCUGUAUCACCAUUUCCCAGUACAUCCUCUUAGACCCCAUACUCAUGUUCUUCAUCAUGGCAGCAGUGCUGAGCAUGGUCAAGUUCAGCCGGCAGAGAUACAGGCCCUUUUCUGCCUCCUGGUGGUUCUGGCUGAUACUGACCGGUGUUAACCUCGCUGGCGCGUUGGGGGUGAAGUUUGUGGGUCUAUUUGUCAUCUUGUUAGUGGGACUGAACACAGUCUGGGACCUGUGGAGACUUUUGGGAGACCUGAGCCUCUCACUGGUGGAAAUUGCCAAGCACUUCCUGGCUCGGGUUGUUGGACUCAUCCUGCUCCCGCUCCUCCUCUAUGUUACAAUAUUUGCAGUCCACUUUGUUGUGUUAAACAAAAGUGGACCAGGAGAUGGUUUCUUCAGUUCAGCCUUUCAGUCCCGUCUAAUUGGGAACAACCUACACAAUGCAUCCAUGCCUGAGUACCUGGCAUACGGCUCCACCAUCACAGUCAAAAACCUUCGUAUUGCUGGAGGCUAUUUGCACUCUCAUUGGCACUUAUACCCUGAGGGCGUGGGAGCAAAGCAGCAGCAGGUGACAGCCUAUCUACAUAAGGACUACAACAACGUGUGGCUCGUUCACAGACAGGGCGAUAUUAACUCUCAAUCUGGGACGCCUGAUCUGGUUCGUCAUGGUGAUAUAAUUCGAUUGGAGCACAAAGAAACAACCCGUAACCUUCACAGUCACCUCCAUGAGGCUCCUCUCACCAAGAAACACUUCCAGGUUACAGGCUAUGGCAUUAAUGGCACCGGUGACACCAAUGACCUCUGGCAGGUGGAGGUGUGUGGAGGUCGGAAGGGUGACCUGGUGAAGGUGCUGCGUAGCAAAGUCCGCUUUCUGCACCGAGCUACUGGUUGUGUGCUUUACUCCUCUGGCAAGACUCUCCCAAAGUGGGGCUGGGAACAGGUGGAGGUGACCUGUAGUCCAUACUUGAAGGAGACUCCGAGCUCUCAGUGGAACAUCGAAGAUCAUAUCAAUCCUAAACUGCCCAACAUUAGUUUGUCUGUGCUGAAGCCCCAUUUUCUGGAGAUCUUACUGGAGUCUCACAUUGUUAUGAUAAGAGGUAACAGUGGUUUGAAACCCAAAGACAAUGAGAUGAACUCAAAACCCUGGCACUGGCCCAUCAACUAUCAGGGAUUGAGGUUUUCUGGCGUGAAUGACACAGAGUAUCGUGUUUACCUGCUGGGGAAUCCUGUGGUCUGGUGGGUGAACCUGGCCAGUUUGGGAUUUUAUCUUAUCAUGGUGUCAGUGGCAUCAAUAGCACUCCAAAGAGGUUUCUCACUGAGCCAAAAAAGAAUAGAGCAUGCUCAUGUGCUGAAGAGUGAAGGGGGACUGCUACUCCUCGGUUGGCUGCUGCAUUAUGCACCUUUCUAUACUAUGGGCCGUGUGCUCUACUACCACCACUACUUCCCUGCAAUGCUCUUCAACAGCAUGCUAACAGGAAUUACUCUAGACAUUCUGUUGAAAGGCUGCGACCUGCUACUACGCCCACCUUAUUCUGAUUGGCUGCAGAGAGUCGGACAGAUGGCAUUUCUGUUCAGCGUUCUUUACAGUUUCUACCUGUUCCAUCCACUCUCCUAUGGCAUGACGGGUCCUCUGGCACAUGAGUUGGGCAGCGUCAUGGCUGGCCUAAAGUGGAUGAACACCUGGGAGUUCUAGUCAGCUUUGCAUGAAGAAGAUCCAGAUGAUGUGAUGUAUAAUAGCUGUUAUGAAUACAAGGGAAUUUCAUCAACCAUGCGUCUUACAGGGUUUACACAAAAAGAUAAAGGUACUGACUGUACACACUACUAUAGAAUCUCUUAUCUGUCCAGGUAUUUAUGUCUCAACAAGUUGUUUGAAAGAAAUGCUUUAUAAGACAGACCUGUGUCAGUGCAAUAUGAAGGCUAGUGAGUUUGAGAAUAAAGAUCUAUAAAUAUAAAAAUCUAAUAAAGACACUAAUCAUCACCAAGGUGCCUUAACUCACAACACAUCUCACAUCCUGGACUUAGAUUUAUGUAAGUGUGUGUACUGUAUGUCACAACAAUAAGCUAAAGUGCCUGAAAAAAGCUAAUGAAAAUAAAUCUGAAAAGUUCAAAUGCCUGUUUGUCAAAGAAAAUACUUUUUGUUACAUAGGUUACCAGAAGUAUCAGAGACUGUAUUUUUGUUUGCAAUCGAUCUUAGUGCUCAGUAUUUUUGUAUUAGUGUUGUCCGGUACUGGCUUCUGUUUUUCACAUUAUGAAACUACUACUGACUGUCAGUGUCAUGUACAUUUCAGUAUGAUCAAUAAACUAUGAUAUUCUUGUA